UUCAAGAGCUGCUCUCAAACCUCUAGAAUUCUCUGGACCCCACCUCUUGAGAAGAGAGGCUGACCUCAGUUCUGACUCAGUCAACUACAAGCUGGACUCUCCUCUUAAAGAACCAACACUGCUUAAAGCUUUGGAUAAACUAGAGAGAGUCCACAAGUAUUGUGCAUUGUGCUGGAGGCAAGGAACUGACAACUGGCAGUCAAACAGAGAGAUGGCAAGCCUGAGGCCCAGAACUCAAGCUGACCCUGAAAUUGAACUUUUUGUGAAGGCUGGAAGUGAUGGGGAGAGUAUUGGAAACUGUCCCUUUUGCCAACGUCUUUUCAUGGUCCUCUGGCUUAAAGGCGUUCAAUUCAAUGUGACUACUGUUGACAUGACCAGAAAGCCGGAAGAGCUGAAGGACUUAGCCCCAGGUACCAACCCUCCCUUCCUGGUGUAUGACAAGGAGUUGAAAACCGACUUCAUUAAAAUUGAGGAGUUUCUAGAGCAGACACUGGCUCCUCCAAGGUAUCCUCACCUGAGCCCCAAGUACAAGGAAUCCUUUGAUGUGGGCUGUAACCUCUUUGCCAAGUUUUCUGCAUACAUUAAGAAUACACAAAAGGAAGCAAAUAAGAAUUUUGAAAAAUAUCUGCUCAGAGAAUUAAAACGUCUGGAUGACUACUUAAACACCCCACUUCUGGAUGAAAUUGAUCCAGGCAGCGCUGAGGAAGUCACAAUUUCCAGAAGAUUGUUCUUGGAUGGAGAUCAGCUGACACUGGCUGACUGCAACUUGCUACCCAAAUUGAAUAUUAUUAAAGUUGCUGCCAAAAAAUACCGUGACUUUGACAUUCCAGCAGAAUAUUCGGGAGUCUGGCGCUAUCUCCACAAUGCCUAUGCCCGUGAAGAAUUUACCCACACGUGUCCUGAAGCCAAAGAAAUUGAAAUGACCUAUGCAAGUGUCGCUAAACAGAUCAGUUAG